AUGGCCGCCGCCAGCCAUUCCUCCUGCCACCUUUUCCUCUUCCUCCUCCUCUCCUUCCUUAUAACUCAACCUGCCCUCACCCAGGACCCGUCCGUCACCACGGUGACAGUAAACGAAGGUGACCAGUUCAUCGCGCCCACCGCGCUGGCCAACCAGACGACUCCCAGCUACAUGGAGACCACUCAGAACACUCCGGCAGAGACAGGGCUGUCCACUCCCACCAGCGGCGGGGACGCGGACGACGAGGACAUCCCUCCAGUCGGUGGGACACGUUGCCAGGGUUACUACGACGUGAUGGGCCAAUGGGACCCGCCAUUCAACUGCAACGCCGGCGUCUUUCUGUACUGCUGCGGCACCUGCUUCUACCGCUUCUGCUGCCAGUUCCGCCAGCAGCGGCUGGACCAGAGAAUCUGCUCCAACUACGACACGCCCAUCUGGGCCAACACUGGCAAGCCCGUGGCCACCAUCACCGAGGGCCAGGAGGACCAGGACCGGGACCGCACGCACCUCAUCGUCUACAUCAUCUGCGGCGUGGUGGCCAUCAUGGUGCUGGUGGGCAUCUUCACCAAACUGGGCCUGGAGAAGAGCCGCGGAGGAAGCGGAGGAGGAGGAGCGGGGGCGGGGCACAGUGACAUCAACUCCAGGACACUGACAGACCUGCUGAAGCAGCAGGGAGGUGAGGUGAGCUCGGUGGAAAACGCCACAGCCAGUCCGCCCAGCGGAGGGAGAGCCAACGGCAUCUCGGCCAGGAUGCUCCGCAGCAGGAGCGAACAGUACCAUCUGAAUAACUCAGCUUACGGGCCGUUUGGACAAGGGCUUCCACACCCGCACAGCAACCACAGCACAGUGGGGCUCAACAAAUACACCUCCCUCAAAGCUGUGGCGCACAGCGCGUCUCGUAGCUACUACAAGAGCUUCCCGCUCAUGGACUUCUCCCAGUACCAGCCUGUGGCGCCGCCCGCCUUCCAGCCCGUGCAGCCCAAAGAGAAGUCGUACAUCCACCAGCCCGUGUCGGCGCACCACGACCUCCACGCCCCCCUCUCCAUCUCCAUCCCCUCCAGCCACUUGGAGCACUCGCGCCUCCCCAAGACCACCACGCACCCUCUGCUCUCCAACUCGGCCUUCAAAGCCUGGGAGCCAACUGGUCGCCACGUCCACAGGCAGGCCUCAGCCCCGGGGCACACCUCCUCCAUGCACAGCUCCACCCGCAGACAUGGCUACUCCACCAGGAGGCAGCAGAGCAUAGAGAACAUGCCAGAUCUCUUUAGCCAGCCCUACGGGGGGAUGUACGGAGGAGCUGGAGGGGGGGCAGGGCAGGGGCAGCACGUACAGGGGCAGCACCCACCUCAGCCCCCCUACUACCACCACACCAGGCAGAAAAGCUACUCCACCCACAGUACGACUGAGGUGACCGUCUGA